AUGUCUUCGAUCCCGUCACCCGGAAAUGGCCUGUUCCCUGAAGGCCCGCAAAUGCGCCAACCCUCUCUUGCACAUCUCUAUCGACUAGAAUGCGAUAUCGCUAAGGAGGAGAUCAAUAUUGGUGCUCCGCAUGAUGCUGGUGUCAUCCGCAGCAUCGCAAAUAUCCUGCGAGGCAGCAUAAAAGGCCCCGGAAUUGAAGGUUCUAUUCUGCCCCUUGGAGGAGCAGACUGGGCAACUGUGGUGAAAGGGACACACUCCAUGACCCUUGACGCCCGCUACACCGUCCGAACCACCGAUAAUCAUCAUCUAUACAUCCGUGCCCACGGUCUCUAUCGUCCGGGACCAGGCACGAGCUACGCAAAACAAGUCGAAAGCGAUCCGAUGAUGAUGCCACCACCGACAGUAUCGCAGGACGAUGUGGAAUUUUUUUCGCACCUGAGGAUCGAAGCUGGGCCGGGUCCAUACAACUGGUUGAAUGGGUUGGUCUGUCUUGGAGUCAUGGUUUGCGAAGGAGAGAAGAUUUGGAUUGAUGCGUACCAUCUCACAAAUUUCCCGGGUAUCAAGCCUGAAGAUGUAAUGGCAAAGGCAUAG